AUCGGACUAUCGAUACAACAUCAACAUCCUCAGUCGCUUUUUUAGUUGUAGCAUAUUAUAAAUAUAACUCGAGCGCUAGUUGCAGCCUUAAACAGAAGCCAGCCGCCACUACCGCUAGUCGCUAGUCAAGAUCUGCUCGAAACGCUGAAAUAUGUGUGAUUAGUCGUGAAUCGCAGCUAGCCGCAAAUCCAGCUUGAGCUACAACAACAAAGCCAAUCCGCGGUUAAGAGGAAGAGAGUGCGUGAGAGAAACGACAGCUGCUCUGCGUGUGUGUUUGUGCAGCAGGAUAACAAAAUAGAAAACAUACAGCAGCAACAACAACAACAAAAACAGCACCAGCGAACAGUGUAUAAAGUGCCAAACGAAUUUGCCAAAUAGCCAAAAACGAAAUAAUAGAAAAGAUCCAAACAAAAUUCCAAUAAGUUCAAUGCAAGGAGACAUGUGCAUAAAUGAAGAGCUACAGCCAAUUUAAUUUAAACGCCGCCGCCCCGCCCGCCAUUGCCUACGAAACUACGGUUGUAAAUCCCAACGGCUCACCCCUCGAUCCUCACCAGCAGCAGCAACAACAGAGCCAGGAUAUGCCGCACUUUGGACUGCCCGGUCCGCAGCCGCCGUCGUCGCAGCAGCAGCAACAACAAUUGCAAGUGCACCACCAACAGCAGCAGCAGCAGCAACAACAACAACAACAACAGCAGCAUCAACAACAAAUGCAGAUGUCCUUGCUGCCGGGUCCUUACCGGCCACACAUCGAGGAGAAGAAGCUCACGCGGGACGCCAUGGAGAAGUACAUGCGCGAGCGCAACGACAUGGUCAUCGUUAUCCUGCACGCCAAGGUGGCCCAAAAGUCCUAUGGCAAUGAGAAGCGAUUCUUUUGCCCACCGCCGUGCAUUUAUCUGUUCGGAAGUGGCUGGCGCCGGCGGUACGAGGAGAUGUUGCAGCAGGGCGAGGGCGAACAGGGAGCACAACUAUGCGCGUUCAUCGGUAUCGGGAGCAGUGACCAGGAUAUGCAGCAGCUGGAUCUCAAUGGCAAGCAGUACUGUGCGGCCAAGACGCUCUUCAUCUCGGACUCGGACAAGCGAAAACACUUUAUGCUGUCGGUGAAGAUGUUUUACGGAAACGGUCAUGACAUUGGCGUUUUUAACUCGAAACGGAUCAAGGUUAUAUCCAAGCCGUCCAAAAAGAAACAGUCGCUAAAGAAUGCCGAUCUGUGCAUAGCCAGCGGCACCAAUGUAGCCCUGUUCAAUCGCCUGCGUUCCCAGACUGUCUCCACCCGUUACCUUCACGUGGAGAACGGACACUUUCAUGCGUCGUCAACACAAUGGGGAGCUUUUACGAUACACCUGCUGGAUGACAAUGAGUCCGAGUCGGAGGAGUUUCAGGUGCGCGAUGGUUACAUUCAUUACGGAGCCACAGUCAAACUGGUGUGCUCCGUAACGGGCAUGGCCCUGCCACGUCUGAUCAUCCGGAAGGUAGACAAGCAGAUGGCCCUGCUGGAAGCCGACGAUCCCGUUUCUCAGCUGCACAAAUGCGCCUUCUACAUGAAGGAUACGGAUCGGAUGUAUCUCUGUUUGUCGCAGGAGAAAAUCAUACAGUUCCAGGCCACGCCGUGCCCCAAGGAGCCGAACAAGGAGAUGAUCAAUGACGGCGCCUGCUGGACCAUCAUAUCCACCGACAAGGCUGAGUACCAGUUCUACGAGGGCAUGGGUCCUGUGGCUUCUCCAGUCACUCCAGUGCCAAUCGUUAAUUCCCUUAAUCUCAAUGGCGGCGGGGAUGUGGCCAUGCUAGAGCUGAGUGGCGACAACUUUACGCCGCAUCUGCAGGUGUGGUUUGGCGAUGUGGAGGCGGAAACCAUGUACCGCUGCACAGAGACAUUGCUAUGCGUGGUGCCGGAGAUUUCACAAUUUCGAGGCGAAUGGCUUUGGGUACGUCAGCCCACGCAGGUGCCCAUUUCGCUGGUGCGCAACGAUGGAAUAAUUUAUGCCACCGGUCUGACCUUCACGUAUACACCUGAACCAGGUCCUCGGCCGCACUGCAAUACACAGGCCGAGGAUGUGAUGCGAGCGCGACAGAACAAUAACAAUAAUAACAUCACUAGCAUUAGCAACAAUAAUAACAGCAACAAUGCGGGAUCGCCGGCAGCCGGCGGUGGCUUGCAACAACAACAGCAGCAGCAUCAGGCUCUGCCCUCCAUCUCAGAAGUGCAAUGGAAUAGUCAUGGUAGCGGCUUAUCCUGAGUGCAGGAUUAUUGCAUCGCACACAUAUGUAUCCUAAGUUAUUUAUAGUUUUUAUCGAAGACCUUAGUUUGUAGAUUGACAAUUUUUCUCAUACUAAUUUUCAACCCCUCGUGACGUAAACCAAAAUGUGUCCCCUUCUCUCUAAAGUGAAUCAUACUUUACACAUGUAUCUAGUGCUAGUUCGGAACCAAUAGAAUUGUAAAUGACACAUAAAACUCUGUACAUAACUCGAAAAGCUCACUGACAUACAUACAUACAUUUGUAUGUGCAUGAAUAUACCUUUACACAAAACAUGUAAUUCUAGUUAAAUAUACAAUUGAUGUAAGUUUAUAGACGAUUUUUAGAUGCGGUUGAAAUAUUUAUGAUUUUCUUUGCUAUGAAUUUCCAAAGAUCUAAAUGAAAAAAAAAAAUACUGCGAAAUGCAUCGGAAAUUUUUAUUAUACACAAGCCAGUAGCCACGCUACAAAAACAUUCCAUUUCCCUCUUUAGCUUUCUAAAAAGUCGAAGACAAAGUCAAAAAGGGAAAAAUUUGUUUCUGUACAUACAGUUUUGUUGCAUUUUUUUAUUAACUUUGGAAAUUCGUAGCAUUAAAAAUCCCAAUAAAAUAUUUUGUAAAAUAAAAUCGCAACAAGACAAAACAGCGAUUUAUUUAAGUGUAAGCGAAAUGCCUAACAUAAAUAAAAAAAAGAAAUCCCAAAUGAUGACAAAGAAUAAUC